AACGAUUGACAGCACGAACUCUGCGUGACUGCACAAUUUCUUCGACCAGCGACUGUUACGCUAUAUCGCAUCUAACGACUGUGAUUAUCUUCAAGCAUGUGCUGUUGUUUAUAACCACACCUGAGCGAAGUCCUGGUGCUUGACCAGGUGCCAGGGCAUGCGACGUGAGCGGCAGUCUCUGAGUACGCGUUUGUCGCCUUGCCACGCCAACGGGCAAGCAAUUGAAUUAGAAUAGAUGGGCGCGGGCUGCUCGUCCGCGGCGCCGGACCCGGCCGCUGUCGCUCAAGGGGCAGAAGUGGACACGGUCGCCGGGCCGCAGCCGGGGUACGUGUACCUUUCCUACCACCGAGCAGACACGGGGGAUCAAAGGGGCGAGGGCGGCGACGGCGCGGCAGGCCGCAUUCGCGACUGGCUGACCAGCAAGGGCUAUGUGGUGCUCAUGGGCGAGCGGGACGAUGACGCGGAUGGCGGGAAGAAGGCGGCGGGCGUGCAGCAGGGUCCGGUGCAGGUGUGGUACCAGCGCAUGCAGCGGGCCGUGGAGUGCUGCCAGGCCUUUGUGGCGGUGUGCUCCGAGCGCUACGGCACGGGCCCUGAGGCGCACCGGGAGCUGCAGCUGGCGGACGGCGCCUCCGGCCUGCCGCUCAUCCCGCUGUGGCACGGCGGGCCCUGGCCGCCGCCCGACGUGCACGUGGCGCCGCUGCUGUCGCACCUGGAGCGGGUGCCGCGGGGGGCGCGGCCGCUGUGCCGCACAGUACUGGAGGGCGUCAUGGGCGAGCUGCUUGACCGGCUCCAAGCCGCGGGCGUCAUGCCGGCACCCAACGCGGUGGACGGCGCCGCCGCCGCCGCCGCCGCCGGCCGCACCAGCGCCUACACGUCUGACGUGGAGUGGUGCUUCCAGCCGGGGCCGGAGGACCCCAAGGAGGAGGACUAUGCGGUCGUCAAGUGCUACACGCGACAGCUGCAGGAGAUCGUGGACCGUCUGAGUCUGACGGUGCGGCCCACAGUUCUGGACCUGGGCGGGGAGACCUUCUCAGGCGACCUGCCGCAACUGAUGCUGGCGGACGCGGCGGCGGCGGCGGCGCUGUCGGCGGCGGGAAGUCCGGCCACUGGAGGGACACUGCUGCUCAGCCGGCCACACGUGACGCUGCGGAACGGCUGCAUCAAGCUGCGGCAGGACCAGGAGUUUCGCAUCCUGUCGCCGGGCAUCGUACUGGACCAAAUCUCGGUGGUUACGGAACUACGGCAGGCCGGGGCGCGCGCCUCAAGAAAGAAACUCAGCACGACGGGCGCAGCAGGCGGCGGCGGGGGAGCAGGAGGAGGCAUCGACAAUGGCGACGGUGCCGGCGGUGUGGUGGGGUACGGAGCCGUCUACGAGAUGGGGCGGGCGAUGGUGGUGAUGGCGGCUGGCGCUGUUGGGCUUCGCGCCUUCAACUGCCAGUUUACGAACCACGGGCCACACCUGGCGCUAUGGCUGGCGUCGGGCGCAACGGCGGCCUUCCACGAGUGCCAGGUCGAAGCGCGCGACGGCGGCGGCGUGUGGGUGCGCGACGCGGGCAGUGUGCUCAUCGGCCGCAGCUGCCACCUGCAGAACACGUGUGGGCCCUGCCUGCAGGUGGAGGCGGGCGGCGGCGCCCAGCUGGCGGCGUGCACGCUGGCCAACAGCUCCAUGCACGUGGGCCUGGCGGUGGGCGGCGGCUGCAGGGUGCGGGCCGACAAGUGCAUGGUCAGCGGCAACCAGACGGGCGUGAGCAUCUACGCGGGCGCGACGGUGGAGCUGGUGGGGUGUGAGUCCACGAGCAACACCCUGGCGGGGGUGGAGGUGCGCGAGCCCGGCACCACACUCACAGCCAUUGACUGCAAGCUCAGCCAGAACAGCCAGUCGGGUCUGCUGGUGGCUCAGGGCGGCUCGGCGCGCAUGACCAGCUGCGGCGCGGGCGGCAACCGCACACACGGCGUGCUGGUGCGCGGCGAGGGCUCCUUCGCGGCGCUGCGGCAGGUGACGCUGUCGUACAACCAGCAGGCGGGCCUGCUGGUCAACGGGGCCGCCAAGGUUGACCUGGUCAACUGUGAGGCCAUUGGCAACAAGAUGUGCGCCCUCAUCGUGUGGGGCGCCGGCACACAGGCGGUGGCGCAGGACUGUCGCUUCAACACCAACGUGCAGGCCGGCAUGGCUGUCAAGGACGGCGGGCGCUGUGAGCUGACGCGUUGUGCAGUGCGCGGCAACAAGCUGCCCAGCGAGGUGGCGGGGGCGGGCAGCUGGCUGGGCACUCGGCAGUGCGUCAUGGAUGAAAAGCCGGUGGUGGCGCGGGGCGGGGCGGUGCAGGAGCUGCUGCCGGAGGGCAAGGGCGGCAAGGGUGGCAAGAAGUAGAAUGGGGUAAUGGGGAAGGAGGGGGGAAUGUUGUUAAUACUGGCCCAGCGACGGGAGUGUGUGUGGCCGCAGUUGUGGUGUGCGUGUGGCAUGUGAGAUGCGCAAUGGCUGUCGUGGCGCGGCACACGGAAUGAUAUCGAACACAGUUCACAUGGGCGCAGAACCAUUGUCAGAACCUCCUAGAAUCUUUGCGAUACCUUGCGGGCAACUGGGCCUGUGUGCGGGGUUCGGCCGAGUUGUAACUCCAUUGUCAG